AUGUCGACUCAGACGAUGGGUGGGGCACCGGCACCAGCCAGGGCGGCGGGACCCAACCUCAACAAGAACCCGCGAAUGGUGUCGACAUGGCACCUCAAACCAGCAGAAGAGCUAUCUUGGGAGCAGAGAUUGAUUCUCAAGUUGAACGUGUUGCAACAGGCCAAGGAUACCCCAAAACCUCCGGUCUUUAGCAAGGAGAAGGGCGACAAGGUGCCGUACCUUCCUGUCUACACGGAGCAGUGGAAGUGGAUCAUGCCGAGGGCGCUCUUGCCUUUGGCAAUCCACGGCGCGUUCCAAAAGUUGACGGGCUGGAACUUCCAUCCAGCUUUCGCCUUUGUCUACUACUUCUUGGCCUUCAAAUUCACCGCACUCGCAGCCGUCCGAUCCUUCAACCGCAUGGGUCAGCGAUACGGUUACUUUGAUGGUGCUGUGCCGCGCGAUGGCAUUCCAGACAAUAUGAGCGGCAAGGUGCUGUGGAGCAUGCUUGGCACCGUCAGCAUUCGACCACUCUUUGCCAUCUUUUUGAUCUACAAUCGCCAAGAAAGUGCAUGGAACAUCGAUCCGUUGAUGCUGCCGGUGCAACUCUUCCUGUACAGCGCCAUCCUCGACUUUUGGUUCUACUGUUACCACCGAGCCAUGCAUACCGUCCCUUGGCUCUGGCAUCACCACGCUCUCCACCACAAGACUCGUCAUCCAAAUCCUCUUUUAUCCGCUUUCGCAGACAAUGAGCAAGAGUGGGGAGACAUUCUCGUCAUCCCCCUGUUGACAUGGCUCGUCUUUCCUGUCAACUUCCCCACCUGGUGGGUCUGCCAGGUCUUCAUCAUCUACACAGAGGCAAUGGGUCACUCUGGCGUCCGUCUGUACUGGCAGACACCUAUGACCGGUGAGUGGCGUCGCUUGAUGGUUGUCAAGAUUGAUUCCAGAGGCUGACGAUCAUCAAUCUAUGCCGCGUUCCGCAGGUCCCAUCUUAAGGCUCUUCAAUAUGGAUCUCGCCCUCGAGGAUCAUGACUUGCACCAUCGCAGGGGAUGGAAGGUAAGCUCCAACUACGGCAAACAGACUCGUAUUUGGGACACCUUGGGCGGCACCACCCGUGACCGCAUCGAGGGUACCGAAGACAACAUCGAUUGGGUGAACACCGCCAAAGUACUCUAA